AUGUCUCAAAGUGUUGUCGCACUGGCUUCAUUCAGUGGAGAUACAAGGGUUUUUGCUUGCACAGGUGUAUUUAUAGGCUGCAAUGAGUUCACCACAAGAAUUCUGACUUCAGCGAGUUUGAUUAGAAAUCCUGAUGAUGAAGCUAAGAUAGCUGAUGACUUAACGGUCGCUGGUUUCUUACUAGCUUUAUCGUGGCAGAUUGAAGCGUGCCUUCAAGAUAAUCAACAUGUCACAGGCACGUUGCAGCAUUACGAUUUACAUUACAACAUCGCUGUCAUCAGCAUCAUGGGUUCUUGCUGCACUCGGAGAGUGAAAAUGUAUGAUGAGGUACAAACUGAACCUCAAGGGGAAGUAGUGGCCGUAGGGCGCUUCUACGAAUCAAGCAAAUUAAUGGCUGCAGGUGGGACUUUGAUUGACAAGCCAAGUGAACUUGAUUGCAAAGAGCUUAGGGCAUCUUCAGCC